AUCUUUUUAGCUUUGAAUUGGCUUGGGUUCACUCUAAACUCUUUUGAUUUCUUUCAAUUUUGGGUAGUUGCGUGAUUGCCCCUCCAGAUUGCCGCCGGCUUCUUCUCCUUGCCAGCUCCGGUUUUGAUUGUUAAAUUCUGGUUCCUUAUCGUUUUGUCAGUUUAGCACUGAGAUCGAGUUUUUGGUUUUAUGCGAGUGAGGUAAGUAAAUUCAUGUUGCGUGAUUGCCCCUCCAGAUUGCCGCUGGCUUCUUCUCCCUGCCAGCUCCGGUUUUGCUUGUUAAAUUCUAGAAGUGAAACCGAGGACGGGGAAACAACGGGAAGUGACGAGUUAGAAGGCUAGCCAUAUUGUAAUUAGAUAUGAAAUUUUAGAUAUAAAUCAUGAUCUUGUAAGAUAGAGUGUAUUUGGAGAUUUUAUGAUAUGAGAGCCAAUUUUAUAAUUUUAUCUUCAGAUUUUGUAGUAUCAGAUGUGAAUUAGAUAAGUUCCGAGCCUUGUGCAUUUGUAGGAUCCAUUCACGAGUGCACAGUGUCUGUCGCACCUCGAAUUCGGGUUUUGGGGCGUGACACUUGCAACUCCGGAAAAACUCCGGAAAAAAAAGCCCAAGCACUGACUUCCAUUUCUUGGAAAAAAAAAAAAUCAACAAAAGCUUAAAUUUUUCCCUUUCUUUUCUUGUUAAAGAGCAAAAUUAGGACUUAGAAAUCUUCCCCCUGCAAAAAAAUUUUAGAUCUGCUCUGUUUCUUCCCCCUGCAAAAAAAUUUCAGAUCUGCUCUGUUUCUUCCCCUUUGUCUAUCCGCUGUUCUGCUGGGUGUGAAUCCUUCGGGAUUUUUGUUUUCAUGAUUUCUUCUCCAAUCUCCAUCAGCCUCCAUACCCGUCAGCUCCAAUUUUGGCUGCUGGAAAAAUUCUACACUUGGCUUGAGUUUUCGAUAUUACGGAUUUGAGGUAAGUAAAUUAUGGUAACGCCCUUUGAUUUCAAAGCAUAUUUUAAAUUAUUUUUGAGAUGAUAGCAAGGUUUAAAUUGAUUUUAUUAGCACCGAGCAUGAUUGAUUUGAAAUGAAAUUGUUUUCAUUUACAUUGAGUAGAGCAUGCCUACUUGGAAUUGACUGAACUGCCCUAAUGAACUGAGAAUUUUGUAAAUUUUGAUUUUUCUGUUAAAUCCAUGCUCACAUGGAAAUUUUUUGAUUUAUUUCUGAAAUUGAGAUUGAUUGUGAAUUACGGAUUUUUCUGUAAAUCUUGCAUGGUUUUGUCUUCGAGAUAAUCAUGAUUAUUGACGCUCGAUAGUGGGAGUUUACAAACGCUAACACAUGUCGACAUGUUUACCGAUAGGAUCAGUUCAUUAUGUAAUCCUACCAAUGGGACAAUACAUUAGUUAUUAUUGACGCCUACCAAUGGGAGUUUGUUAAACACUGUUUAUUACUGAUGCUUGCCAGUGGGAGUUGUUAAACACUGGUUAUUACUGACGUCUAUCAGUGGAAAUUUGUUAAACACUGGCCAUGACUUAUAGAUGAGACUACUACUGAAGCUUAUUCUGCAUUAACUGUUUAUCAUUGAACGUUUUGUUACAUUAAACUGUUUAUCUGGCAUGCUUAAAUUUUACCCACAGGCUAUCCAUAUUUAUUUAUUGAGUUAUCUCAUAAUUUUUCCUUGUCUACCAUUUCAGGAAGCGAAGUCAAGGACAGGGAAAAAUGAGGGGAGUGACGAGUUAGAAGGCUAGCCAUCUUGUAAAUUGAACAUAGAUUUUAGAUAUAAAUCACGAUUUUGUAAGCUAGACUUUAUUUGGAGAUUUUAUGAUAUCAGAGCAAAUUUUAAAAAUUUAUCUUCAGAUUUUGUUGUAUCAGAUUAUGGUAUGAUAAGUUCCGAAUCUUGUGCAUUUGUGGGACCCUCUUACAAGUGUACGGCGUCUAGCGUGUCCCCGGAUUGGGGUUUUGGG